AUGGGUGGAGAAUACAACCAAAUUCCUAAUGUCUUCCAGGAAGCAAUAAAGAAGUAUGAGGAAAUCACGAAAAAGCCGCUGCUUGAUCCCGCCUUGCUUGAAAUCACAUCCACCGACGCUCUGCUGGAUAAAAUCGAGAAGGAAAAUGGCAAAUUCGACGACUUUAGGUCAACCAGGCAUGGCUUAUUCGACGCGCUAGAAUGUGCUCUGAAGCCCAUCGAGCUGGUUGGGAAUCUUGUGUCCGGGGCAGCUUCUAUAGCGUUUCCUCCAAGCUCUCUUGUGUUUGGUUCAGUCCUUUAUCUAAUGGAUGCCGCUAAAGGAGUUUCUGCUUCUUACAAUGCUAUCAAGGACUUGAUGGACUCACUUGAGAAUUUUACCGUUCGGUUACGCAUAUACAACCGCGAACUCAUUUCAAAUGAGUUGAGUAAACAUCUUAGUGAUAUCCUUGUCGUUCUGAUCGAGGUCUUCGCCUUAUCCCGAAAGGCAAUUAAGGGAGGCAGGUUUCUCAAGUUUGCCAGGAAUGUUUUGAUUGGUAAUGACGACAAAAUUCAGGAGGCAGUUGGAAGGCUCGCCAAACUCACUGAAACUGAGCACCGUCUUGUGGGUGCGGAAACAUUGACAGAGACCAAGAAGACGAGCCGUGCCGUUGAUGACGUCGCAAUCAAUCUCGCUGCCACCAGCUUGACAGUAGACAAAACAAGCCACUCGGUUUCUCAAAUGAGUCUCGAAGUCACGGACAUGAACCAAAAACUGAAUAACCUCAUACAAGAAACGGCAUCGUCAAACGAGAUCUCAAAAGCUGAACAAGACAGAAGUCAUCAAGAGUUUAUCAAAGGAGCACUCGAGCCUUCGGUCACUGCUUAUGAUUUCUACGAUAAGAUCAACAAGUCUCGAGUUAAGGACACUGGGGAUUGGAUCAGAAAUGAACCAUUUUUUAUAUCCUGGGUAGAGAAGAAGAUACCUAUUUUGCGAGUCUCUGGUAACCCUGGGGCUGGAAAGUCUUACCUCGCAUCCAACAUGAUAACAUAUCUCAAUGGCGAGUAUCCACAGCUUGUGCAGCAUUCUUCUCGUGUCUCAGUGGGAUAUUUCUUCUUCAAGGAUGAUAACCCGAAAACAAUGUCUAUUCACCAAGCACUUCGUGACAUAGCAUAUCAAAUCAGUCAAAAUGACCCAGUUUAUGCGAAGUAUAUUGUGACAAACGCCCUCACGGCCGAAGAUGUUAGCACCAUCGAAAGUGCCUGGCGAACGCUCUUCGUCAAUUUCUUCGUCAAAAAGUCAAACGUGGCCAGCAGUGUUUAUUUGCUUCUUGAUGGGGUUGAUGAAGCAUUUGAUGCCGAAAUACAGCCGUUUUUUGAUCUUCUUAAGGAUAUAAACGAAGUGACCGACAAUCCUCGAAUUCAGCUAGCCAUAGUUGGCAGGCCCCAACUCGGCGAACUUAUCUCUGAAUCUCUUGAGGUGGAUGAUGUUCCUACGAUCUAUAUCACAGAAAAUAAAAACUCAACCGACAUUAUUUGUUUCAUCGAGAAUAAUAUCCGAAAGUCGAACAUUCUUAAGAGAGUCUCGGGAAGACUACGAUCCGAAAUUGUCAAGAAGCUUUCUGAUCGGGCUCAAGGCAUGUUUAUUUGGGUUCAAUUAAUGUUGAAAGAGCUAUUGAAGAAAAGAAGCGAGUCAGCUAUCCGCGAAGCCCUUAAUUCUGCGCCUCGUGGCUUGGAUGAAAUGCUCUCCCAUGUCCUCACAAGUUUCUCUUUGACUCUUGUUGACGAUUAUCCAGAUACCCUAAACGAGCUGCUAGCCUGGGUAACAUGUGCCCAGUGGCCCCUGACACUGAGAGAGCUUGAUACGAUUUUAAAGCUCAAAUCCCCUGACGGGGAAGGUAUGAUAUAUCUGGAAGGACCCCUUCGGAGACAGUUUGCUUCUUUCUUCAACCUUAAUCGCGAAGAUGGAUUAACUACUGCCGAACUACAUCUUAUGAAUCCAAACGUUGCUGGCUCGGAUGACGAAGAAUAUAGUGAUGGUACCCAAGUGGAGACUUUUGAAGAUGCAGAUGAUACAACUCAGUUUGACUCGAACCCAGACACAACGACGGUUACAUUUUGCCAUUCAUCCCUAGGAGACUUCUUUCGGGGUACCAAGGGCAAAGUUUCCGCAGGUGACGGAUAUCCCAGUAUCGGAGUCGACUUCAAUGACGCUCAAUUUAAUGUCACGAAGUUAUGCCUGGAGCUUUUGUGCAACGAAGAUGGAGAGGAUAAAGCCACAAGCUUAAGAUAUGAUGCGGAUGGGCACUGGCCAAAACACCUCCAUAUGCUUAGUGCAUCUAAAAAGUCUGCGCUUGAUAUUUCGUGUGAUGAAGAAUCCAUGUUAAAAUCAGAGGACACAGCCGCAAGCUUACGAUAUUAUGCAGCUAAGAACUGGCCAAAACACCUUCUUAAGCUUGAUCCCUCAAAAAUGAUAAAUGCGCAAAAGACACAGAUAGUCACUUUAUUGUGUCGAAUGUUUACCCAACAAAGUACCAUGAAGUAUUGGAUAUUUACUGUCGGGCCACCAUUCUUGACUACGGAAAACCUGGAACAAGUCAGAAAAUGGCUGGAUGAUGAGCAAAUUUUAGCUGAACUACCCCCUGAUAGUCAAGAAUUUGUCAGGUCAACUUCUAGCUCACCUGCAGACACAUUUAAGUCAUUAAUCCAAGUUGUUGAAAGAUAUUGGCUCGGUGAUUUACUAGGGCAUUCCGAAACUUGCUGCGACAUGGUUUUCAACUAUUUUUGCCUUAGGGAUGGGACUCCAGAUCUGCAGCAUGAAGGUUGCGACUCCGCCGCGACACUUAUCUCCCUAGCCGAGCGGUUGGGCAUGGAGAAAACAGCCAAUUGGUAUCGGAGAGUUGCUGUGACUUUACGUGACAAGGGUUUCCUUGAAGAGGCCUUGACGUACUUUACCAAAUCAUUAGAGCUUGACAGUACUCUGUGGCACUCUCGUGGUGGUAUGGCAGCGACAUAUUUCCAGCUGGGGCAGUAUGAGAAAGUUAUUGAACUGCACGCAUCAUUAAUAUCCGAAGUUCAACAGGGUACGGGGGGACCAGCUGGAGUGAAUAAGUAUCUUCAUGCAAUGCAUGAGGGGACGGCUGAAUGUUAUGCCAAACUGGGGAAUACGGCAAAUGCGUUGAAAUAUUACCAGAAAGGUCACAACGUUUCCCCUCAAUGCAACAAAUGUAUCUGCCAACUCCUACUUUUGAUGGAUGCUCAGAACCUCUGCGAAGAUAUAAUCUUGACACUGAAAGCUAUGCAAGGGAAAAUGACCCCAACUGGAGAUUGUUCUUACUUGGCCGUCUUCGUAUAUAUCAACUUUGAUGUUAACUCGGAUUACUUCAAACUUGUUGCGCGAGCUGCAAGAAAAACCGGUCAAGAGGAUUUUUUCAUCGAUGCUUGCCGAGAGGCGAUUCGUGUGACAAAAAGGCUGUUAAUCUCGGUUGAAUCAAGCAAGCUAGAGCUUUGUCUUGCGGAUUUCUAUUAUAAGUAUACAAGGGAACAAGCCAAAGCUCUAAGGAUAUGGAAAAAGCUGAUUGAAUCCUUUGCAGAACCAAGACUGGGAAGUGAAAUAUUCUUCGUCAAAGAUGAGGCAACAGACCGGCUAGCUACGCAUUACAGCCGAAAGCUAUGGCAAGCAGGCAUUGAUUCUUCAGAUGCAGAAAACGACGUCCAGAAUUUAGAGCGCUUAGCGAAACAGGAGUCAAACCCUCACGGCAGCGGCUCCUCCAUAUCAUACGCUGCAAAUAAGGCUGCCAUUCGCCUUGGGCUGUGGUAUCGACUACAAGAUAGAAAGGAGGAUGCAGACGCCUGUUUUCGGCCAUCGAUUAAAUACGCGCUUGAAUUAUUGUCAAGUGAUGACCUGGAAAAUGACACAUUCGCUUACAAAACCCUUAGGGAGGUGCUCUUGGCUACCGGUGAGGAUGGGCUCGUCAUUCCCAUUUUCUAUUGCCUAGUAGCAAUGCUCAAUGAUUCGACGAGGACUAAAACGGGGAUGUGGAGGAGGGGAAAUCAAGAUGGAACCACUGGUGACGAGCCUUUCAUUGGGGAGUGUAACGGAUGCCAGAAACUACUUCGAGGGAGCGACAACGUCUACGUCUGCACUUAUUGUCUUGGGAUGAUGUUGUUUUGCGAAAAAUGUGAACAGCUCGCAAAAGAUGGUGUGAUACCUGAAGGGGUUUGCAGUAUAUCACAUGUAUGGAUGCUUAUCCCACGCAACCCCGAUCCAUAUGUGACUGGCAAGUUUCGUAUUGGAGGAGUUCUUGUUGAUUUAGAAGCCUUUAAAAAGCAGCUAGCCAGGCGCUGGGGGCUUUGA